GGUCCUUUUCUUCAUUGCUAGUCUCUCUGUUCCAGAGCUGCCAGACUGGAGUAACUCAAUGGACAGCAGCAUGCAGUGGAUUAUUGCAGAAGACUGCAGUCCAAGGCCAGUGUAGACGGAUGCUCUAUGGUAUUUUCCAGAGAUGCAAGGCGGGCCAGUUCCGACUGUCUAAAUCCUCUCGUGGAUUGAUUCAAGCCAAUGGAACCGUUACACAGCAAACCAGAUCAUUUUACAAUACAAAUAAGCAUCUUUCUGCAAAAGAUUCCGUGCAGCCAUCUGAAGAGAAAGUGGGUGCUUUCACAAGGAUAAUAGAAGCAAUGGGUUUCACAGGACCACUGAAGUAUAGCAGAUGGAAAAUUAAGGUAGCAGCUUUGCGCAUGUACACAUGCUGUGUGGAGAAAACUGACUAUGAGGAAUUUUUUAACAGAUGCCAAAUGCCUGAUACUUUGAAUUCAUGGUUUCUAGUAGCCCAGCUUCAUGUCUGGAUGUGUCUGGUACGAAUGAAGCAGGAGGGUCGCACAGGAAAAUACAUGUGUCGCUAUAUAGUUCACUGCAUGUGGGAGGAUGUUGAACAGCGUGGUAAGGUGAUGGGGAUAAAUUCUGUUGUUCUAAGGGAAGAUUUGAGAAAUAUGGCAGAAAAUUUCUAUGCAGCUCUGUUUGGAUAUGAUGAGGGAAUCUUGUCUGAUGAUCAUGUUCUGGCAGCAGCUCUUUGGAGAAACCUUUUUAACAGGAACUGUGAGGACCCUCGGCAUCUGGAGUUACUUGUAGAAUAUGUGCGCAAACAGGUGCAGCACCUGGACACGCUGAGCGGGGAGGACCUGCUGCUGACGGGCGAGGUGAGCUGGCGGCCGCUCGUGGAGAGCAACGCCCGCAGCAUUCUCAAGCCCCUUUCCCCUGUUUACAAUGACGAAGGACUCUGA